GCAUCAUCUCAAUCCCACACUUGUUAAACCCCCCGUCCCCCUCCAGCUCAAGUCGUUUCCUUCGACGCGUGCUCUCUCUCACUCGUACGCACUCUCUCUCUCUCCAUAUCUCUCUCGAGCGCCUCUCCGAUUUCGUCCUUCCUCCUUCCUCCCCACCUCCGCCGCCGCCGCCGCCGCCGCUGCCGCCGCCGGCGGUUGUUUCCGGAAGGCUCAAUCCAAUCGCGCGCCGCGCGGUUUCUGAAGGUUCUCAGUUGCUUUGCUUGGUGUUUGCAAUCCGUAUUUGCUCUUUUCUCUGAGAGUAAUUGAGAGUUAUGGCCUCAGUCUACACCAAUCAUACAUCCUGAGGUUCUUCUAAGCUUGUGGAGCUGUGAUCGUUAAAGUUCGGCGUUAAAUUAUUUAUCAAAAAUGGACCGCAAAGAUACUUCUGGUUUUGUCAGUGGGGGAGGCAUGUAUGGCUUCCACUAAUUUCUAACUGUAGUUUUGUAGCGUAUAGCAUUAUCCCGGAAGUCAGGCAGACUGUUAUUGCGUUGGCAUUAGGUUUGGACUAUUGGCAUACACAUUGGCACUUGGUUACGAUAUGGAUGCUGGGUUCCAGAAUUUGGGUUUUAGUGUGCAGUAUUCUUCGAACCCCUUCAGUCUCUUGGGUGGUUCUAUGCAGGUUGGGGGCUCUAAAGGUGAUUAUGACACCAUCUUAAGACUCAAUUCCCCUGGCUCUUCCUUUCAUCUGUCACCUAUUCCGCAGGGCGUCAAACGCAAAAGGAAUUCGAUUGAUGGAACUAUGGAGCUGCAGCAAGUUGGCUCUCCGCUGUUCCUUGGGCUAGGCUGGUGUUCUAGUUCUUCUGACAGCAAGGGUAGCUCGGCAACUGCUUGCACUGCGAUAUCCUCAGCCAAGGAAACUGAGGGGGAGUCAUCAAUGGUUCUUGAUUUGGAUUUCACCCUCCAUCUUGGAUGUGAUAAGAUGCCAUGCCCAAAGAAAGUCACUACAUCAGAUGCUGAAACAUUCCAGAUGCAACCAAAGGUUGACCUAGAAUUGAGUCUUUCAACUGGUCCCUCAGAAUCAGGUGUCACCAACGUUCAUCCAGAUUCCCCGCCAUUUAAGCUGGGGAAGGGAGUUUCAUUGGCAGGCUGUUUAUCAAGUGCAGAAGUAGAAUCUACACCACGCUUCUGGAAAGCAAGCGUCCCUCUGCCCCCACUGAACCAAGAGGCUGGCUUCUUCCUCAACCAAGAUGCCAGAAAUGCGGCUUCCUCGUCGAUGGUUCCAAACCUGUCUUCAACUGUAAUAACAACGCCAAACAGUCCAGUCACCUGCACUUCCGGGAUAACAAAGAGGCUGCCGCAGCAGCGUAGUAGUACAAAAAUUUGUCAGGUUGAAGGAUGUGGAAAGGGAGCGAGAGGUGCUUCUGGUCGCUGCAUUUCCCAUGGAGGUGGCCGGAGGUGCCAGAGACCUGGCUGCCCCAAGGGAGCUGAGGGCCGAACAGUCUUCUGCAAGGCACAUGGAGGUGGCCGGCGCUGUGAGUCCCUUGGGUGUACUAAAAGUGCAGAAGGACGUACGGACUACUGCAUCGCCCAUGGUGGCGGCAGACGGUGCAGCCAUGCUGGGGGUUGCACUCGUGCUGCCAGAGGGAAGUCUGGUUUGUGCAUAAAGCACGGAGGUGGUAAGAGAUGCCAGAAAGAGGGUUGCACGAAGAGUGCGGAAGGCCUUUCCGGCCUUUGCAUCUCCCAUGGAGGCGGCCGACGGUGUCAGUCAAUAGGCUGCAGCAAAGGGGCUCAAGGAAGCACUCUGUUUUGCAAGGCGCAUGGUGGUGGAAAGCGCUGCACCUAUGCAGGGUGCACCAAAGGCGCCGAGGGUAGUACUCCGUUUUGCAAGGGUCACGGUGGAGGAAAGAGGUGCUCCCACCAAGGAGGUGGGGUCUGUACCAAAAGUGUCCAUGGGGGAACAGCUUUCUGUGUAGCCCAUGGGGGAGGCAAGAGGUGCGCAGUGCCUGGGUGUACAAAGAGUGCGAGAGGACGAACUGAUUCCUGCGUCCGUCAUGGUGGGGGUAAGAGGUGCCAAGCUGCUGGGUGUAGCAAGAGUGCUCAAGGCAGCACUGACUUUUGCAAGGCACACGGUGGCGGCAAGAGAUGUGCCUGGGGACAUCCUAGGUCAGGUUUUGGUGGGGAAGGUAGCAGCCCAUGCACCGCGUUUGCUCGUGGGAAGACGGGUCUUUGUGCACUUCAUAGCGGCCUUGUUCAGGAUAGGAGGGUCCACGGUGCCAUGGUCGUGGGCACCAUGGUGCAGAGCCCCACGGUCACCCAACUCGAGAAGGCAAAAGAAACCGUGACCACAGAGAGCAUGAGCAUUGACGUGACCAGGAUCACAGGUUCUGAAGUGACUUCAUCUGGCACAGCGUACUCUGGUCUCCAGCCCUACGGUCUCGGCAACGCUCAUUACCCUGUCACAGAUGGAGGCCUCUCAUCCAUGUCUGUCUCUGUUCCAGAGGGUAGGGUCCAUGGCGGAAGUCUGAUGGCACUGCUCGCGAGCGGCUCUCCUCUUGGGCCAGCUAAUGCUGAAGGUUCAGUUAUCGAUCAAUCUAAAUCCGUGAAGUCCAUGGUCCAUUGGAGCCAGAUGUAAGCCACGAUGUCUACUUUGCAACAUAUCCUGCCGUGUCGCAGAUGGAGUAUCAAGUCUAUAGUAUCCCCGUGUGUUUUGCCUUCUCCUCUCUACUGGUUUGCUUAGUUUUAUAACGGCGACUUGCUUGUAAUUCAUUGCAGGGAUAAGUCGUUAGGUGGUUAGUCAUUGAUGCGUCUGAGUCCUGUUUCUGUCUCCGCGUCCCUGCUGUAAAUAUUUUAUGUGUAUUUUUAGCUGGUUGGCAGCUAUUGUACCUGUAACGUCAAGUCGGUCCUCCGGUCUGUCUGCCUGGGAUUCUGGUCAUGUAAUAAAGCCUUUGUUAUGUGUUUAUGUUUCUGGGGGCGAAAUAUAGCUCGUGAAAUUUGGCCGCUCUUGGUUUAUGUAAGAUAAGUGCCUUCC